CUCGCACUCCCCCGGUUGCUCUGCCUGCGCACACGCACUUUCUUUCUGGUCUCUCACCCCCCUCAUUCCAUUUCGAACCACAAACCAAAACCCCCCUCUCCCCUCGCCUCCGUCCCGGAUCAAACGGCCACCGGAAAAUCCCCCCAAAAAUAACAACAGCGAGCUGUUCUUCGUCAGGGUAAAUUCGGCAGAACCCUAGCGGCGCCCUCCCUCCCUCCGUCGAUCGGCUCCCCUCCCACCCACCCCGCAUGGCGACCAACCCCUCCUCCGGCGCUGACGCGCCCCCGGCCCCGGCGCCGGUGCGGCUCUCGGCGGCGGCGCAGGCGGCCGCGAUCCAGCCUUCCUCCCCGCGCUUCUUCUUCUCCUCGCUGGCGGGGACCAACCCGGCCUCCCCGCACCGCCGCAUCGCCAUUGCUGUCGACCUCUCCGACGAGUCCGCCUUCGCCGUCAGGUGGGCCGUGCAGAACUACCUCCGCCCCGGGGACGCCGUCGUGCUGCUCCACGUGCGCCCCACCUCGGUGCUCUACGGCGCCGACUGGGGCUCCAUCCCUGUCUCCGUCACCGACGAGGCCGACGCCGCCGAGGACGCCGCCGCCGCCGCCCAGGGCGGGCCCACCGAGGAGGAGCUGCAGAAGAAGCGGGAGGAGGACUACGACGCCUUCACCUCCACCAAGGCGCAGGACCUCGCGCAGCCGCUCGUCGACGCGCAGAUCCCCUUCAAGAUCCACGUCGUCAAGGACCACGACAUGAAGGAGCGCCUCUGCCUCGAGGCCGAGCGACUCGGCCUCUCCGCUAUGAUCAUGGGGAGCCGUGGUUUCGGUGCCCACCGGAAGGGCGGCAAGGGGAGGCUUGGGAGCGUUAGUGAUUACUGCGUCCAUCACUGUGUCUGCCCAGUUGUGGUUGUUCGCUACCCGGAUGAUGCUGCAGGUGCUGGUGGAGAUGCAGCUGGGGCAAUAGAUGAGCUGCACACUGUGCCAGAGGAUGAACCUGUGUACCACGACGCCCCUGAGGUGCAGAAAGCAGAAAACUGAGGCAAUGGCAUGGAGCUGAAGCACAAAGGAACACAUGCAGCUUGUGGUGAGAGGAUCCUUGUGUAUUUGGAAGAUGCAACUGGCUGUUUAUGUUUGCUUCUAUGUCCACUGCGUAUCAUAAACUGGGUCCAUCAGCAGGCUGCUUCCCGUUUAGAGUUUCAUAUUGGAGUCCUAGAUCAUCGGAGUCUUUGUCGGUUUGCUUGUGAGAUGUUCAAUGUAGAGUACACUUCCAGUGGGUUGGAGCUGUCUUAUGGUUUACGGAUGCUUAUGCUGGGCUCCCGAAUCUAUCUUGUUUUUGCAAAGCCAGUUGACGACCGUUGUAUUCUCUCGUCGUUGUCUACACGGUCAUGACAUCUAUUCAGCUUGCUACUGUAUUGGAUGCUUGGUUAAUAGAGGACCACUAUUCUGUAUUUACUGCUUUGUUGGAAAGAAUAAUUGUCUAGUUGAGCGGUUUCUGCUGCUAAAAGCAUGAGCUUGUGCUUGCGUGUUUAUGUUUGUAGGAGUAUUUGUAAGACUGCUUUGUGAAGAAUUCAUUAGAAAUAAAUUUGUCAAAA